UCGUCUCGCAGCAUCCCCCAAACGCACUCCUCCGGUGGUGGUUUCGCUCCGAAGUUCGUCCGUCCCGAGGCACACACGGCCUAGCUAACCGUCCGUAUCGUUACGCUGCGUUCAGACAAUUUCAAAUUGUAACUGUAAAAUGACUCUGUUUAAUUUGAAUAAUAACGGAUUAACCAUUCGGCGGUGGCGGCGGCGGCUGGGGAAGGUCGCAGUAGGGAUUUUCAAAAGUUACGCGCCAGCGGUCGUCCUCUGGAAAUCGAUAAUGCCGGUCGGAGGAAGAGUGGCCGGCAAAGGUGUCGGCGUACACAAUUCGGGUGGAUCUAGCGACGGGCACGCGUCUGGUGGUUUCAACGAGGAGGUCAUAUGGAUCAGCAUCGGGAUGAGUAUUGCCAUCGUCAUACUGAUAACGAUAGCUCUGUGCUAUUUGGCUCGGCAGCGGUGCAAGAAGAGACAGGAGAUAAGCGUACGCACUUAACAUGGACAAUAUUCAAACACAUACAUCAUACACAUACCUAAGCAUACCUACUACGACCACCUAAAUACGAGUUUGUCGCUCGGCGGACUGCGUACACAGAAUUUAUGUUAUUCGGACGACCCCACUCGCAUUGUCAUAACUAAAUUAUUAUUAUUAUUAUUAUUAGUAGUAUAUUAUUAUUGUCAUUAUUAUAAUUGUUUCUAUAUUAUUACUAUCAUUGUUAUUUUUAUUAUCGUUGGUUGUCGUACCUAUAUCUAAUGUUUGUCCCUGACUGAAGAUCUGUAUUCUUUGUCGUCCCUUACUUUCGGCGAUCACGUGACACGUGUCUGGAACUCACCAAUCCCCCCACCCCCGUUCCAGCCAUUUUAUGUCAUAAAUUGGUCACGCGGGAUACUAUUAACCAUAAGUCCCCUCCCCCUCGCAAACAAUUCCGUCACAUAGUCACGACGUUAGAAUAAAUCACGUCACGCGUAUAGUUACUAUUGGCGACUGAUAAACCCCAAGAGAACCGUCUUUAACGCAAGACAUACAAGUUUCAACGUGUCACAUCCUCCGUGCGUAAACGAAGAUCCUUUCGAAGUCAGACACGUCAUUAUGCGUUCGCCGUUUGAUGCGUAGGUAUAAUAUUAUACAGGUGACAUUAUAUAUUUUGCAAAACACUCAAAUAUAAUAAUAAUAUAAUGGUCGUCGAUGUCACAUCGAUAUAGCACUUAAUAUUUAUUUUACAUAGAACAUAUCUCAUUAUAUUAUAUUCACGCGAAAAGGUCAUACGAAUCCUAAGACAUAGAUUUAAUAUUAUUAUAAUAACGGUUUAAGUGAUUUUAUGUGUAUCCCCCCUCCAUACUUCCCGUAGUAAUUAAUAAAAUAUAUAUUGAUAGUAUAUGUAAUAUUGGCUUAUAUUUCAAUAGUGUUGUAAGCUGCACCCCGCGACGAGUGAUAAUUUAUUAUUAUAAUAAUAUUAUAGUACGGCACGCGUUUCUUUUUUGAUUCUAAUAAUGUUAUAAUAAUAAUAUGCAUGCAGAAGACGAAAAUCGCGUCGACGAAAAAUCAUAAAUUGCAGGACCUAACCGCGAUAACCGUCGUCGUUCCGUGAAAGUUUUGACGAGUACAAUAAACCACGUAAUAAUAAAAUAUUUUACUAUAGUAAAUUGUCAUCAUUACCGCUGUGAUGAUUGAUUUCAUUUUUAUUUAUAAUAAUUCACAUUAUUCAAUUAACGAAUAAUAUUUUUUACUUAUUGAAAUCCUAAAACUCCCGUGGCGUUUCUCCACGUGAUCGUGUUUAAUAUAUUUAUAUAAUAAUUCUAUAAUUAAUAUAAUAAUCGCAUCACCAAAAACGAUUUAUAAAUGUAUUACAAUAGUAUGUUAAUAUCAAUACUGCAAUAGGUAAACAAAAAAAAAAUAUAUUAAAAAUUCGUGUCAUUCGAUGAGGUAAAAAUGUAAGCGAAAAACGUUAUAUUAUAUCCAUGUAAUCAAAUUCAAAAUCAUAAUGAUAUUAUAUUAUAUAGGUACUGACAAUUAUAAUUGCCUGUAUGUUACGUAUUAUAUCCAAGUGGUAUAACAUGCAUAUUUCUUAUGAAUCGCAGAAUAUAACCUUAUUUUAUAAGUUUCUGCAACGUUUCUAUCAUUAGAUAAUUCCAAAAUAUGUUUAAAAAAUUGAAAAAUAAAAUUAAUACCUACUUAAAAAAAAUUACUUUAAUUUAUAAAAUACAAUGUACUAGUAUUAUGAUGAGAGCGGAAAACGCAUCCAAGUAUAACUUAUUAAUAAUUUAUUGUAAGUGCGCUAUAGUUUGUAUACUUUAUACAGCAACAUGUGUACGUGUAAUGUGUUUAUAUAACUCUAUUUAUAAUAUAACAUACUAAGACCAAUUAAUAUUAAAGUCAUAUUUUUAAAAUUAUUUAAUUGUGUAAUCUGUGAAACAAUAUAUUAUAUAUAUAUUAGUGUAUGCAAUAGACAUAAGACAUAUAAGUACUAUUAUAGUAUCAACAUAUUGUAGUGGUUUACAAUGGAAAUUAUAAUAUUGUCUUCUAUGCCUAAUAACAUUUGAUUGUAAUAAAUUAUAUUGUAAUGAACCUGUA